AUGUUCGGCCCUCCGAAGAGGUCACAUGCCAAGACAGAUCGGGACGUGGAGUCCCUCUUGUCUCAAGCACGCGGUGGGAUGCGCGCGGGCGGGAGAACCGAGAGACAAAAAAACUUGUCCUCCCUCAGGCAGCGCCUCGAGUCGAUCGAGGACGCCUCAAAGGGUGACUCGCGUCUGAACGCCUUGCUCAGGCGGCUCGAGCUCGCCGAGGAAAACACGGAGAUGAACGGACGGCGACCCGAUGAUAAAACCCGCCCGUUCGGCGGUCGUGUCCGACGCGGGUCGCGGUCCUCCUCGGACGAAGAUCGGGAAUCGACGGAGUUGACCUCGGACGAGAGCGACUCGUCCACCCCGGCGCCUUCGCCUCCGAGGCGUCGACCCGCAUCCGCGGUCAAGGUUCCGGGUAAAGAAAAUGCAUCCGAGCUUCUGAGUGCGUCGAGGGCGAGGGGAAUGGAGGCGUCGUUGCGUCGGUUGCGUGCGGAGCUCGACCAGGAGAGGAAAAACGGUGAGCGGAUGCGCGCGGAGCUUGUCGAGCUCAGGAGCGCGCAGAGAAAGGCGAGCGCGAGGGGCGGCGCCGCGCAGCUCGCAUCGGCUCGCGAAUCCGAAGGAAUGAGGAGAUUACAAAACGAGCUAGACGGCGUCAAGCGUGCGCUCGUGACUGAGCGCAAGAGGAACGCGGCGCCGAAGGUUGACACCGGCGCCACCGCGGUGGGUGUUCGGAUCCGGCGCGAGCUCGACGCCGAACGGAAGGCGAGGCUCACGGCUGAGAGGGCACUUCGCGAGACGCGCGCGGAGUGCGCGAGAGCGUGGGAGCAGGUAAAGUCUGCCGAGGAAGACGCCGCGAGGGCCGCGGCGACUGCGAGAAAACGAGGCGAGGAGAAGUCUUCGCUCGAGAGGGAGCUGGAGAUUGCAUACGAGCGAUGCUCCAGGGCGGAGAGCCUCGGCCGUGAUUUGCGAAGAGAGGGAGCUGCGCUCGCUAGCGACGCGGAGGUGGUGUCGCGCGCAAACGAGGCUUUGGAUGAGCGAUGCGCGACGCUGAACUCCAGGGUGGAGGAGAUGGAACGCGAGCUCGAGGAACUGCGUCCGUUGGAGAGGGAGGUCGCUUCACUCCGCGAGUGGAAAAAGAGCCAAGCGAGUGACCUGAAGGAGGCCAUGGAGGUUCUCGGGCACGUGUGA